AUGCCCGAAGCACUUGCGACAACGAAACGCAAGUUUCACAAGCUGCUCGACAGCCGCUUCGGAUCUCCCUCGGCGCCGGCAGCCACUCCUCCCAGACCCGUAUCGCAAGGCACAAUCAGCGAACCAGCGACUAAGCGCAUUCGAUCAAGCGGCUCGACCACAUCUCUAGCGGCUAGUCUACGUAGUAAGACACUGCCAAAGACGUCGAUCAACCCAAUCAGAGGAGAACCCAACUUUGCGCCAUGGUCGCACGACGCCUUCAUCAAGCGAUUGCGCAGUUUCGGGCCUGUCACCAGCUGGCAUCCCAAGCCUGACGCUGUCAACGAAGUCGAAUGGGCCAAGCGAGGAUGGUGGUGCGUCGAUACGAAUACUGUCGCUUGCAAGGGAGGAUGUCAGCGGCGCCUCGUGGUCAAGGUUGAGCCCAUUGCCAAGAGACAUCGCGUCCAGACUGAAGAAGAGGAUCAAGAGCAGGAAGAGGAAGAUGAAGAUGAUAACCAGGAAGAUUUGGAGCGGGCCUUGGUGGACAAGUACAAGGAACUCAUUGUCGAGGGACACUCGGACGACUGUCUGUGGAGAAAGGCAGGCUGCAAGGACGACAUAUACCGCUUGCCGAUUGUCAAGUCGACUGUUUGGCAACCCGAGCUGCGCACGCGCUACCAAUCUCUCCUAAACAUAGCGCCAUCACUCGCUAACCUGACUUUACAACCCGCCGAACUCGACCCAUCGCCAGACAAGAUUCUGGCCAAUCUCCCAACAGCGCCACUCGACAAAUCAGAGGACAAACCAGACGAGAACGAUGCAAGUGAAGACACGGAUGCCACAGAAGAAACAAAGCAGAAAGCACUGAAGAUUGCCCUUUGCGGCUGGCAAGGCUCGACAGAAUCCAGCACGCAGCUCUUAGCCUGCGAGGCUUGCUUCCAGAGAAUAGGUCUCUGGAUGUACCAACCUGACUACAAGCCCCACCGAUUCGACGACGACGAUGAGGACGAACAAGAAGAUCGGUACCUUGACCUCAUCCAACUACACCGCGAGCACUGCCCAUGGCGCAACCCAGCCACUCAAGCCGCCACUGGAAAUUACACUGGUAAAUCUGCUCAUGGUAUUCUCCUCGAUGUGUUGGACCGCUAUAUCGACGAGCAGAGACGCAGAUCUAGAGGUACAAUCCAAGGUCCUACUGCGACUGGUGAUGAGGUGGAGAGUGAUGCGGGUGCGACAGAUGAUGGUAGGGAGAGUUUGGCUGUGGAGACUAUGCCAUCGAUGCCGGAGUUAAGCAGGGCAGAGACAGAAAAGCACGACAAGGAAAGACUAUCAAAGUUGAGGCGUCUGAAGACCGUCUUGGGAUUCAAGAAAAGGGCACCUCCUGCUGUUUGA